AUGUUGAAAGACACUGAGGAUCUGAAAAAACGCCGCAAACUGACGUCGCUGACUCUGCCAACGCCGACGCUGCCAUCGCUGCCUCCGCUGCCGCUGACGGCGCUGACGCACAUGAACGACUUCGCGCGAGAGGCGGCUGCGCCUUUGCCUCUGCCUCUGCUGACCAAGCCGCUGACGCCACCGACGCAUGGUGAAAACAGCAACACAGCCAUGCAUACAACAACGCCACCCACAACGCCACCGACGCCUCCAGCGCUGCCGCUCAACAUGAGCAACCAUCAGCCGCAGCAGCAAUCAUGUGCGCCACAUAUUCAAUUGAUCGAGAAAUCGUCUACGUCCAGCCCACCUGCCACGCCCACAGCUACGACCGCAAACAUUGCAACACCAGCACACCAUGUUCCCCCGUCAGGCACACAGGAUCAUUAUAGUCUGCGCUGGAACAACCACCAAAACCACAUACUGCGAGCCUUCGAUGCGUUGCUGCAAACCAAGACCCUGGUCGACGUCACGCUGGUGUGUGCGGAAACCUCGAUACGGGCCCACAAAAUGGUCCUCUCGGCCUGCUCUCCCUUCUUUCAGCGCGUCUUUGCAGAGACGCCAUGCAAACAUCCGGUAAUAGUGCUUAAGGACUUUCGCGGCUGGGUUGUGCAGGCGAUUGUGGAUUUCAUGUAUCGUGGCGAGAUCAGCGUGCCACAGGAGCGCUUACAGACACUGAUCCAGGCGGGCGAGUCGCUGCAGGUUCGCGGCCUAGUCGAAAGCUCGGUACCUGAACACACGCCCACGCCGGCUGCUUCACCCGACGACUUCGGGCUUCUCGAUACCUCGCUGCUGUCGUCUGAGCUUGAGCGUUGCUCCAGCUAUGAGGAUGAGACACCACCCUCGAUGGUUACACCAGCCGGUGGCAAGCUCAUGAUGCCAACGCGUCUCUUCAGCACGCCAGCAAGUGCAAUGGCUGCGCUGAACAUGCGACGCAAGCGAGAGAGGGAGAGGGAAAGGGAGAGAGAGCACCACGAGCGCGAGCUAGAGAGUGAUCAGGAGCUGGGCAUGACUGGUGGAGACUUGUGCACCUCUCCAAUGCCGCGUCGCAAACAGGCACGUCCACGACGGCGCUCGGGCGAUGUCCCCCAUGACUUUGCGCUCACAAAACCCGAAUUGGCUGCGCUGCAAACUGUGAUCAAGCAUGAGCUGGUAGAGCGCAUGGAGCAGGACGAGCCCGAAGACGACCCGGACAAUGAAGGUGGGAGUAAUACAGAAAAGCAAUCGAACUCAGAGCAGAACCUGGGAGAAGAAACAAGCGCCCAGCAGGGGGUGCUAGAUACGCCAGACGAAAGACCAGAGGACUUGCACAAUCAUCAUCAUGGGCAAAGCAACGACGAUGAUGAUGAGGAUGAUCUGGAGCAGGAGCAGGAUAUCGAAGAGCUUAUCAACACGACCAAUGAACUGCGGCGCCAGGCAGCGGUAGCUGCAGCAAAUGCUGCAGCAAUGUCGCCAUGCCCCUCAGAUGGGCCCGAGGACUUGUGCAUGACCAAAAAGGACAACAGUAGCGGAGUUAGCACUGGGAGCACUCAUCAGGAGGCCACCCAUUCUGAUAACGAAUGCAGUGCCUCAAAUAAUAACAACAGCAGCAAACUUCAGGACAACAAUCAGCGCAUUGUGCUCUCCCUUAAGGACAUACGCCAGUUGAAUGCGAAGCCUGGUGCCGCCUCCACGCCCACGAGUAGCGCUACAGGCCCUGGCAACGGGCUACACCCUUUCGCCCCACCCAGUCUUCGUGAUCUGCGACUAGAACGUCCACCCGGACACGCUGGCCUCUCCGAAAGUCCUCCCUGCAACAUGGAGGCACUUGAAGCUCAAAUGCACGCAGCUGCUGCUGCAGCAGUGGCUGCAGCUAACAAUGCUGACCAUCCAUUUCAUCACAUGGAACACCAGAUGGAUCUCUCACUGGCAGCUGCCGCUGCAGCAGCCGCCAUGCAUCAGAGAGACCCACGCGGCGAGCCCCGAGAUCCGCGAGACUCACGAGAACAGGCGUUACAGCGUGAACAUAACGCCUUUGCAAACAGUCUCCUUGGGCCCAUGGGGAUGCCACCUUUUGGGCCUAAUGCAGGACCUCCGCUAGCCGGCAGUGGCCAAGCGCCACAUGAACGAUUAGAAGAAAGCAUGAAUCGUCUGAGCAAGGAAUUCAGCAAGGAGUUCGGCAAGGAGUUCGGCAAAGAGUUUGGCAAAGACUUUGGAAAAGACUUUGGCAAGGAAUUCGCACCCACGUCGCCCAUGAGUCUACCUGGACAUUUUGGCGGACCGGAUGGGCCACAUCCACCAUCUCCUCUUCCCUUUCCUGGUAUGUCCUCGGCGCUGACACUGACGCCGCCACAUAUGUUCGGCUUGGACUCACCCUUGGGCCUAUUUCCGCCCGGCAUCGAUCCCGGCAAGCUGUACAAUCCACUCAUGGAAAUGAGCGAUCCACGCGACAUGCCCGGCGGACCGCCACCGUUUCUGAAAAAGAAAAUGCCGCGCCCCAAAGGCCAGCAUUCAGCGCCACGAGGUGGCCCGCCACGUUCCUGGACCAACACCGAGCUAACGGAAGCCCUGCAGCAUGUGUGGAACAAGAAGAUGACCACGUCGCAGGCAUCCCGCAUCUUCGGCAUACCCUACAACUCGCUGCUCAUGUACGUGAGGGGGAAGUACGGAAAGAGUCUGAAGCUGGAGCAGCUGCGUAAGGAUUGCAUCAGUGGCCCGCCCAUAGAGAUGCUGCAAAUGGGUAUCAGUGGCGGGGGCGGCAGCUCCUCCAGCAAGAGUGAGAAGAACAAGGAGCGCAAGGAACGAGAUAAGGACAAGAGCGGGUCAGCUGGUGGUGGCAGCUCGGGGAACGGAGGGUCCGGCGGGGCUUCUAGUGGCAAUGGUGGCCCGCCUCUUGGACAUCCUUCCGAGCUUGGUCCGCUGGGACCGCUUGAUCUGGAACUGGGCUUACCGCCAUUGGGCCCGCCAGGUGGCCCACGCAGUGGAAGCUCGGAGCCCGAUCUCCUGGGCGGCCCCAAUUCGCUUUUCAAUCCAUUCAAUCCGCAAGGGUUCUAUCCGGACUUUUCUGGCGGCUUUCCUGGCCUCCCCUUAAGCAUGCUCAACCUGUUGCCGCCGGCCGAGCGCCAUCACGCAGCCGCUGCUAUGCACCAUCUAGGCGUGAGCAUGGAUGAGGACUGCAAAUCGGUGGGAUCCAAGCAGUCCUCGUCUCUGGACGAUGACUUUGCCGGCGCUGGCGUGGGUCUACCCCUGUCCCUGAGAGGCGGAAGUGGCGAGGAGCAGCGACUGGGGGCCAGCAUGGGGAAUGGCAAUGGUCAGGGAGCAGCCUUGCCACAAGCAAACGGCAGUGCGGUGCAGGAUUGA